UCUAUCAAAAGUCAAAACAAAGUUUUGAGUUGUUAUUCGUGUGGAAAAAAAUAGCUUUCCUGCAAUUAAAGUUAACUAUAAAUUUGCAGAAUUAUCAAUUCAUUCAAAAAAUGGCUUCUCGUUUUAGUGGUGCGUUACAGUUAACAGAUUUGGAUGAUUUCAUAACUCCAUCACAGGAAUGUAUAAAACCAGUUAAGAUAGAAAAAACAAAAAGCCAAACUGGCGCGAAAAUAAAGAUCGGUGAAGAUGGUUACUUCGACCUGUCGAGUGGUAAGGAACAGAAGUUACAGAAGGUUGAAAUCACACUUGCUGACUGUUUGGCUUGCAGUGGGUGUAUCACCUCCGCUGAGAGUGUACUGGUUACUAAACAAAGCCAGGAGGAACUGUUAAGAGUAUUAUCAGAGAGGAGGUACACAGAUUCAAGAGGAAAUACAAGGGAUGUUAGCCUGAUAGUGGUGUCCAUAUCUCCACAACCUACACUGUCUCUGGCAGCUAGAUAUAAACUUUCCCCAGAAGAAGCAACAAGUAAAUUGGCAGGUUAUUUUAAAAAGUUAGGUGCGGACCUAGUUCUUGAUAUGACAAUAGCCGAGGAUCUAUCAUUACUAGAAGCAAGGCAAGAGUUCCUUGAAAGAUAUCACAACCAGCAAAAUGAUCCCGCUGGGAAAUAUUUACCCAUGCUCGCCAGUUCUUGUCCAGGUUGGGUGUGCUACGCGGAGAAAACACAUGGCAAUUUCAUACUCCCAUACAUAUCAACCACGAAGUCGCCGCAACAAAUCAUGGGCUCACUGGUCAAGCAGCACCUCUCAGCCAAACGGGAGCUGAUCCCAGGGGAAAUGUACCAUGUGACCUUCAUGCCAUGCUACGAUAAGAAGCUGGAAGCAUCUAGAGAGGACUUCUAUAGCGAAGUCAUGAACUGCCACGAUGUGGACUGUGUUAUUACAGCGAUUGAACUGGAACAAAUGCUCUCCAGCGAAGGGAAAUCUUUAUCCGAUGUGCCAAGUGCCGAUCUGGACUGGCCGUGGGGCGAAGGCACACCGGGGCUCCACAGCCACGGCAGCUCGGGCUCCGGGGGCUACGCUGACCAUCUGUUCUUGUAUGCUGCUGAACAACUCUUUGGAGAAAGUAAUGUGCCAUUGGUGUAUAGGAAUUUGAGGAACCCGGACUUCCGGGAAGUGACCUUAGAGCAAGAUGGCAAGGAGGUGCUUCGGUUCGCGAUCGCCAACGGUUUCCGGAACAUCCAGAACUUGGUGCAGAAGCUGAAGAGGGGGAAGUCGCCCUAUCAUUACGUGGAGGUGAUGGCUUGUCCUUCAGGGUGCCUCAACGGGGGGGCGCAGAUACGUCCGCUGAGCGGCGAGAGCGGCCGCGAGCUGGUGGCGCAGCUGCACGCGAUGUACCGGCGCCUGGCGCCGCGCGCGCCGCGCCCGGCCGGCGCCGUGGCGCGCCUGUACGCCGACUGGCUCGCCGGCGAGCACUCGGACAAGGCCCGCGCGAUGUUGCACACGCGCUACCGCCCGUUGGAGAAGAGUGACGUCGCGCUUAAUAUUAAGUGGUGAUUGUGUUUUUUUUUUGAAUUUCGAAAUUCGAAAUUCGAAAUCCUGCUAAUAUUGUAAAUGCGAUGUUUGUAGGUAUCUGUAUGAAGUUUGGUUCAGAGAUAGAUUAUAGUCUGGAUUAGCAUAUAGGCUACUUUUUAAUAGUAAAAUAAGCUAAACCUAAUGAGGGUAGUUCGAAGAAUGAAAAAUGUAUGUAAUCGUUGCAAUAUGAACAAAUUAUGUAUUAUAUAUGUAUAAUUUAUUAAUAGCGAAUUAUUCACAAAUUUAUUAAAUUACUCUACUCUUAAGCAAUCGGUGACACAUCCAAAGCUGAAUUUUUUAAAUGGGCCCAAUAGUUCCUGAGGUAAGCGCGUUCAAACAAACUCUUCAGUCUCAUACUAUUAGUAUAAACAAUGUCAAAUUAACAUCCGUCAAAUACCUACUUUUUUACCUACGUAUCCGUUACAUAAAAAAAAGUUUCUUUGCAGUAAGGAUAAGGUUUAAUUCUGCCGGAAGUUAAAAAUUGUUAAAAUUAUUUUGUCAUUAAUAUUUGGAAAAAAAUAGAUUCCAUUAUUAUUAAUCAAGUAAGUUUAGAUUUUAUAAAUACAGCAAACUCCUAUUAAUGACUUGGUACAAAAUUGUCCUUUAAAUUCCUAAGACAUAGACAAUAUGAUGACAUAGUGUGUUUAGGAAUAAAACAAACGAAUGCAGUAGGUACAGUCGUUACAAAAUGUUGUUUUGUGCUAAAUAUAUAUUGAUUAAAUUAUUUAUUUGCUUUUCACUUGACUUAAAUGGCUCUAAUACGUAACAUGCUGUAUUAUUAACUUUCCUUAUGUUGUUUUGUUUAUAUUAUAUAUUUAUAAAAUGAACUUUAGUUGCUUGUUCUUAAGAUUCAUUCUUGCAUUUCUAUUAAAGAUCAUUUAUUUGCAAAUGUUUAAGAGAAAUGUAAAAAUCGUCGUCUAUUUUAAUAUGUGUUAUAUUGAAAUAAGUUUUAAUGUGAUUAACUCUUAUUUCGCUAGCCCUAAAGGGCUAUAUUUAUGAUGGUGUGAAUAUUGUUAAAACUUACACUGAAAGUUAUUUAAAUACCUACCAUACUUAAUAGUAUAAAAUUUAUAUAUAUAUUUAUGCUAUAAAUACAAAAUAGAUGCUGGAGAUGUAUAACACUAUCACUACAUGGUAUAAAACAAAGUCGCUUUACGCCGUCUACGUAUCUGUAUGCUUAGGUCUUUAAAAUUACGCAACAUAUUUUGAUAGGCCUUUUUCAAUAGACAGUGAUUCAAGAGAAAGGUUAUUAUGUUAUAUAGGGGCGAGCGAGAGACAGCUCUUUUUUUAAUAUUAUUUUACAUAUUUCUAAUUUUUUGUAUAAUAAAUUUAGAAUAAAUUAUGAUUUUAACAAAUGUAACAAAGCACAUAGCAAAUUGUAUAAAUAUAUAACAUAAGAAAUAAAUGUGUUAUGAUA